AUGGACGACAGCAACUCCCACUUCCAAGACCGAAGAAGCAUGGAGGGCACCAUGCAGUACGUCCCGUCCGAGUUGGCGUAUCCGGAGGGUCCUCUUGUCCAAAGCGACGAUGCGGUCGACCAGGGUCAUGCCGUGUCCAACUCGGCUCCCUUGCCUUCUCCCAUCGCCGAUCAGGACCAAGAAAGCAACACCGCCGGUGACAACAUCAUCGACGAGGUCGAUCGAGCUGUCUACCAGUUGCGUGAUGACCUACUCGACCCAGAGAUGCUCUCGGAUUCUUCUGGCUACCAGCCAACCGGAUCGAUCCCAACGCCCGUUCGUUUCCCCAUCGUUCCCAACUACAUCGCCGAUAACAACACCACUGGCCAGCCUGGAGUAUUUGACCCUUUUGCCAACGGCUUUCGUGCUGGCACCAUCCCAAUGGGCAAUUCUGGUUACUUUCAUUCGACGGGCUUCCCCAACGCUGCUUCUAUCAACGCUCCCAUCCACAACGUUCCGAUGGCCAACAUGGACACUGCACGUACCGACACCGCGUCUUCCAGCAUGAAUGCCAUCUCUACCGACACUGCGCUCGUCGACGCCGCUUCUCUCAAUGCCGCUCCUCUCAACGCCGCCCCCGUCAACACUCGUCCUGCCAACACCAGCCCUGUCAACAUCACCCCAGUCAACGUUGCCCCAUCCAACGCCGGUCCUGUCAAUACCGACCCCGUCAACGCCGCCCCCGCGAACGGUCCUGUCGCUGUCACUUACCAGGGACAUCCCAUAUACAGUCGCCGCCGCCGGAACCGCAUCGGCACUCGCGGCUGCCACGUGGGCAGCAACGGCAUCGAUCGGCCCAGAAUUCCAGAGCCGCUCCCCAUCCCUGGACCUCCGGCCGGAGCCCCUCCCGGCGUGACCUAUCCUCUCUCUCGAAUGUCAUACAGGCCUCCUGGAGCUCCGUUCUACACCAGCAGCGGCCAGAAGCGGUUUCCCUGUAAUAGAUGUGGUCUCGUGCGAUCCAGAGAAGAUGAAACCAGAUUUCAUCUCCGUGAUGUGCACUACCGCCAGGAAUACAAGUGGAUUCAUUACGGAAACCAUGAGCAGGGCCUCUACUACUUCGGCAUCGACCAGUCCAACAUCGACUGCCCCAACAUCUAG